AUGGACAGGACAAAGAUGCGCCUCCUGACGCUGGUGAUCGUAGCGGUCAAGACCAAGACUAGAAGCAUGCACGACUUCCUGCUUUUCUCGGCUCAAAGCAGUCGGCAUGUCAAAUGUAAGUCGGACUUGCCUUGCGCUGGCCUGUCAGUCAAGACAGACUGCAAUAGAAUGCAGAUGCCUGGGACAAAGCCGCCCUUCACUGCUGGUUGGCAAGUUGCCCUCCUCAUCUUCCUGUUGAUGCAGACCACACACGCGCAAGGGAACAUCCAGUUUGGCAGCUACACUGAGGCGGAAGAGCUGCAAUGUGUCCUUCGGAGUGGAGAUGCUGGAGAUCCGCUGCUGGGUAUUGAGCUGCUCACGCUCAGGAACGACCGGGCAGGGCUGCCUUUCUACCUAGCUAGAGGAAAGUUUCUUUUCGAUGACAUGAAUUUCAGCCGCAUUGGUAGCUUCGAGUUUGCUGCGGUACCGUCUGGAGGCAUGGCGGUGAAUCCGGUGACAAAUGUGUUUGCGGUAAUUUCUUCGCAGACGCUGUAUGUCUUGGACACGGAGACCGGGGCAGAAAUCCGGACUUUGGAUGUCAGCGGAUUUGGCAACCUUGGAAACCUUGAGUUCGACAUGAAAACGCAAAAGAUGUAUGGCCAGUACUGGGAUGGGGAACAGGAGCACUUCGUGGAAGUUGAUUAUGAGCGAAACACUACACAAAGCAUUGCCACCAUCAAUCUGCGAUCCAAGAUGUCCUCGACUCGUGCAAUUGACUACAUUGCAGGCCGCUUCUACCUCGUAGCUGACAAUCAGCAGCUUCUUGGCCUAAGCCUCGAAACAGGGGAGGAGGUUACUCGGAAGACUCUGUCAAGGUCGAUUGGAAAUGGUGGGAUCUUCUUCGACGGGGCCACUCAAAAGCUGCGUGCCCUCUGCAGACCCUUCGAUGAUUCCUCCGACUUCGCCCUCUGCAUCAUCGACCCCAGCACUGGAGAAGUGCGAGCCACUUCUGAUGAUGCCGAGCGGAUUUCGGCGAUUGCCAUGGCUGACAAUGCCUACGACUCCGCAAACCAGAUGUAUUUCUUUAGAGAGCCAGCCGGGCUUGUCGUGUUCAAUGCAAACACUGGGAAGCGAAUUGCAGGACCAUUUACAUCCGUAAAUGCAGCCUCGCUAACUGUAAUCCCCAGGUGCGAGUGCUGUGUUGUUUCGGACCUGGCCAAUACUUCCAACAUUGUUGCGGACCUGGCCAAUGAUUCAAUCGCUGGGCGGCAGCUUCAGCACAGCUCUGGCAGCUUCGCUGCAUGCAAUGAGAACACUGUAGUUUCAGCGACGAGCCGUCCAGAGCAGCAGAAGCUCGGCGUCCUUGCCGUGCUUGGCGGCUUAGCGCAGUUGUACAACUUGGCGAAGACCAGAAGGCCUAUCAUCUCGACGGAUAUUCUCCACGGCACUGCGGAGCUCUUCUACGACGUCUAUGACUCCUUGCACAGCAAGUUCUUGAAGGCACACAUCGACAAGCCUUGA